AUGAAGACCGCGUUCUUUGCCUCUCUCUUUGCUGCCCUCGUGAGCUCCAGCGCCGCCGCCGGCGUUACCGGCGCAGCUGAGGGUUUCGCCAAGGGAGUCACCGGAGGUGCCAGUGGGAGCACCGUCACGCCCACAACCACGGCCGAGCUGGUCUCGUAUCUCGGCGACAGCUCUGCUCGUGUGAUCCUCCUGACCAAGACCUUUGACUUCACCGGAUCCGAGGGCUCGGUCACAGCGACAGGGUGUGCUCCGUACGGAACGGGAUCGGCAUGCCAGAAGGCCAUCAACCAGAACAGCUGGUGCGACAACUACCAGCCCAACGCUGCCAAGGUCAGCGUCACCUAUGACAAGGCCGGAGUGAGCGCGAUCACGGUCGGCAGCAACAAGUCGCUUGUGGGAGUGGGCAGCGCGGGUGUGAUCAAGGGCAAGGGCCUGAAGAUCGUGAGCGGUGCAAAGAACGUCAUCAUCCAGAACGUCCACAUCACGAACCUCAACCCCAGCCUGGUCUGGGGCGGUGAUGCCAUCACCAUCAACAAUGCUGAUUUGGUCUGGAUUGACCAUGUUACCACCUCGUUGAUUGGCCGUCAGCACAUUGUGCUCGGCACCAGCGCUAGCAACCGUGUGACUAUCUCCAACAGCAAGAUUGAUGGAAAAACCAGCUGGUCUGCCUACUGCGACACCUACCACUACUGGGGAGUUUACUUUGCUGGCUCUUCCGACCUGGUCACCUUCAAGAACAACUACAUCUACCACACCUCCGGCCGCAGCCCCAAGGUCAGUGGCAACACCCUCCUCCACGCCGUCAACAACUACUGGUACGACAACAACCGCCACGCGUUCGAGGUCGACUCGGGCGCCAUGGUCGUCGCCGAGGGCAACGUGUUCCAGAACGUUGUCGCCGCCGUCGAGUCUGGUGGUGCCGGCAAGAUGUUCUCUAGCCCUGACAGUGGCACCAACGCGGCCUGCUCCUCCUACCUCGGCCAUGCUUGCCAGGUCAAUGGUUACGGAAGCUCUGGCAGUCUUUCCGGCACUGACACCAGCUUCUUCUCCAACUUCAAUGGCAAGAAUGUCGCGUCUGCCUUGAGCUAUAGUGAUGCUAAGAACGUGGCUACCACUGCUGGCUUUGGCACCAUCUAA